AUGGGUGAUGAAGUUCUACAUGAAACGGACGGAGAGAAAGAUCUAGGAGUUUAUAUCAAACCAAAACUGUCUCCAGAAGGCAGUGCCCGGGGAGCCACAGGUGCGGAUCACCACGCCUGGCACCGGUGGAUCACCACGCCUGGCACCGGUGGAUCACCACGCCUGGCACCGGUGGAUCACCACGCCUGGCACCGGUGGAUCACCACGCCUGGCACCGGUGGAUCACCACGCCUGGCACCGGUGGAUCACCACGCCUGGCACCGGUGGAUCACCACGCCUGGCACCGGUGGAUCACCACGCCUGGCACCGGUGGAUCACCACGCCUGGCACCGGUGGAUCACCACGCCUGGCACCGGUGGAUCACCACGCCUGGCACCGGUGGAUCACCACGCCUGGCACCGGUGGAUCACCACGCCUGGCACCGGUGGAUCACCACGCCUGGCACCGAUGGAUCACCACGCCUGGCACCGGUGGAUCACCACGCCUGGCACCGGUGGAUCACCACGCCUGGCACCGGUGGAUCACCACGCCUGGCACCGGUGGAUCACCACGCCUGGCACCGGUGGAUCACCACGCCUGGCACCGGUGGAUCACCACGCCUGGCACCGGUGGAUCACCACGCCUGGCACCGGUGGAUCACCACGCCUGGCACCGAUGGAUCACCACGCCUGGCACCGGUGGAUCACCACGCCUGGCACCGGUGGAUCACCACGCCUGGCACCGGUGGAUCACCACGCCUGGCACCGGUGGAUCACCACGCCUGGCACCGAUGGAUCACCACGCCUGGCACCGGUGGAUCACCACGCCUGUCACCGGUGGAUCACCACGCCUGGCACCGGUGGAUCACCACGCCUGGCACCGGUGGAUCACCACGCCUGGCACCGAUGGAUCACCACGCCUGGCACCGAUGGAUCACCACGCCUGGCACCGGUGGAUCACCACGCCUGGCACCGGUGGAUCACCACGCCUGGCACCGGUGGAUCACCACGCCUGGCACCGAUGGAUCACCACGCCUGGCACCGGUGGAUCACCACGCCUGGCACCGGUGGAUCACCACGCCUGGCACCGGUGGAUCAUCACGCCUGGCACCGGUGGAUCACCACGCCUGGCACCGGUGGAUCACCACGCCUGGCACCGGUGGAUCACCACGCCUGGCACCGGUGGAUCACCACGCCUGGCACUGGUGGAUCACCACGCCUGGCACCGGUGGAUCACCACGCCUGGCACCGGUGGAUCACCACGCCUGGCACCGGUGGAUCACCACGCCUGGCACCGAUGGAUCACCACGCCUGGCACCGGUGGAUCACCACGCCUGGCACCGGUGGAUCACCACGCCUGGCACCGGUGGAUCACCACGCCUGGCACCGGUGGAUCACCACGCCUGGCACCGGUGGAUCACCACGCCUGGCACCGGUGGAUCACCACGCCUGGCACCGGUGGAUCACCACGCCUGGCACCGGUGGAUCACCACGCCUGGCACCGGUGGAUCACCACGCCUGGCACCGGUGGAUCACCACGCCUGGCACCGGUGGAUCACCACGCCUGGCACCGGUGGAGCACCACGCCUGGCACCGAUGGAUCACCACGCCUGGCACCGGUGGAUCACCACGCCUGGCACCGGUGGAUCACCACGCCUGGCACCGUGUUACCGCGGACGCUGCUCCCACCCGCGACUCUCUCAGUGUUACCGCGGACGCUGCUCCCACCCGCGACUCUCUCAGUGUUACCGCGGACGCUGCUCCCACCCGCGACUCUCUCAGUGUUACCGCGGACGCUGCUCCCACCCGCGACUCUCUCAGUGUUACCGCGGACGCUGCUCCCACCCGCGACUCUCUCAGUGUUACCGCGGACGCUGCUCCCACCCGCGACUCUCUCAGUGUUACCGCGGACGCUGCUCCCACCCGCGACUCUCUCAGUGUUACCGCGGACGCUGCUCCCACCCGCGUCCCUGAAUGUGAGUCUCAGCUCCUAAUGUCUCACAGACAGUAG